AGUGUCAUGGCAUGGCAGCAGAAGAGAACCUCUACGGACCGGUUUAAGUCGAUAUCUCGUUUGGCUGGGGGAUCAAGCUGUUACCUACAGGUACUACAAACAAAGGCAACACCAUGGCUUCUCCCGUCGCCGUCAUCACGAACCCGGCCGAUCCCAGCAACCACUUACUGUUCUUCCUCAAUGGCAGCACGCAGCAGCUCGCCAUGGAAGUCCGCUCGGUUGAUGGCAGCACGCCCAUCACGCCGUUUGUCAACAACGGUCCUUCAACGGGCUCCAUCCAGGUCAACCCGCUGGCGGCUGUUUUGAAGAAGAAUGUGCCAACCGUCUAUGGCACCUCGCAGCCGCAGGGCAAGUCAGGGCCGACCUACGUGUCCACGGUUUCGCCAUAUUACAAUCCCAUCAGCCAGGACAAGGGCGCCCAAACCACCACGCCGGGUCUGGCGGCCUGCAGCAACGGAGAUGCUAACGACUGGGUGUAUUAUCUCCGGCAGCCUGACGGCCAGGUAGGCUACCAGGUGACCGAAUUCCUCGUCGACGGCAUCAACACAACGCCCAUGUCGUCCUGGACUAGCGCGGUAGCCAGCUCAAACAGCAACCUCGCAGCCGUCUACUUCAAAGCCAGCCAGGAACGGUUUGUCAUAUACUCCAACACGGAGAAAGAAACCCGACAAAAGGGCCUGUACUGGGUCAACUCGAACGACGCGACAGGCUACCCGAUUCGGACAACCUCGGGCCUGCAGCCCGGCACCCCGCUGGCCCUGACGUCGAUGGAGGAUAAGGACAGCCUAAGCCCGUACCUGAAUAUUUACCUGUACUACAUGGACAACAACAUGCAGCUGAAUCGGGUUGUGGGACGUGCCAGGGACUCCUCCAUCACCUGGUUCCAGAGCAAUGUUGAAUCGACGAACUUCGUCUACUAUAUCAAGGAUGGCGGUACUACGUUUGAGCGCUUCCAAGAGACUGUUCAACCGGGCUGGUUUAAGUCCCCGCCGGCGCUUGAGGAGGAGGAGAUGGUCCAGCGUCCGGCCCCGGAUCACGACAUGGGAAGCUAGAUAGUACGGGGUAGUAGCCUGAACGUCGCUU